AUGUUGGUUUUUUAUCUCAUUUACAAUGAAAGGUUAAGCGGUAAGGAACAUUCUUCUAUUCGUUCCGGUUCUGUGUCCGUGUGGGAUGAAAGAGAAAUUGUUAUGAGACGUUGGACUGAUGGUAAAAGUUGGUCUGCAAGUAGAAUCAAUGGAAGUUUUUUAACCUACAGAGAAUUAGAAUCAUCUAGCUCUUGUGGUAAUAAUAAUUCUCAUGAUUUAUUAAGCGAAGACACUGAUUCAAGUGAAUUUUAUCAUUCCUCCUCAACCACCAAAAAAUCUAUAUCAAUUAAACAAUGUAGAUAA